CGCCGAGAAUCAUGUGAAACCCUCACUUCCUCUGUGUCGUGCAGGCUCCCUACCGCAAGCACUGAAGCAGAGGGGCAGGCAGGCAGCACACGGCCCGGCAGCCAGAGUGCCAGCCCAGCGAUGGUCCCGGAGAUGAGCGAACGGCAAGUGUUCCAAGGCUCCGAGCUCACCUUCCUCCUGGAAAACUGUAGCUCUUCUUAUGACUACGGAGAGAACGAGAGCGACUCCUGCUGCGCCUCCCCACCGUGCCCACAGGACUUCAGCCUGAACUUUGACCGUGCCUUCCAGCCGGCCCUGUACGGCCUCCUCUUCGUGCUGGGACUGCUGGGCAACGGUGCCGUGGCGGCCGUGCUGCUGAGCCAGCGCGCGGCCCGGAGCAGCACUGACACCUUCCUGCUCCACCUGGCCGUGGCUGACAUACUGCUGGUGCUGACCCUGCCCCUCUGGGCGGUGGACGCCGCCAUCCAGUGGGUCUUCGGGUCUGGCCUCUGCAAGGUGGCCGGGGCCCUCUUCAACAUCAACUUCUACGCCGGGGCCCUGCUGCUGGCCUGCAUCAGCUUUGACCGCUACCUGAGCAUCGUGCACGCCACCCAGCUCUACCGCCGGGGGCCCCCGGCCCGCGUCACCCUCACCUGCGUGGCCGUCUGGGGGCUCUGUCUGUUCUUUGCCAUCCCCGACUUCAUCUUCUUGUCGGCCCACCACGACGAGCGCCUCAACGCCACCCACUGUCAGUACGACUUCCCGCAGGUGGGCCGCACGGCCCUGCGCGUCCUGCAGCUGGUCGCUGGUUUCCUGCUGCCCUUGCUGGUCAUGGCCUACUGCUAUGCCCGCAUCCUGGCUGUGCUGCUGGUCUCCAGGGGCCAGCGGCGGCUGCGAGCCAUGCGGCUGGUCGUGGUGGUCGUGGUGGCCUUUGCCCUCUGCUGGACCCCCUACCAUCUGGUGGUGCUGGUGGACACCCUCAUGGACCUGGGGGCCUUGGGCCGCAAUUGCGGCCGAGAGAGCCGUGUGGACGUGGCCAAGUCGGUCACCGCGGGCCUGGGCUACAUGCAUUGCUGCCUCAACCCCCUGCUCUAUGCCUUUGUGGGCGUCAAGUUCCGAGACCAUAUGUGGAUGCUGCUCACUCGCCUGGGCUGCCCCGACCAGAGAGGGCACCAGCGGCAGCCGUCGUCCUCCCGCCGGGAGUCAUCCUGGUCCGAGACCACAGAGGCCUCCUACUCGGGCCUGUGAGCCUGGACGGGGGCUCUCCUUCCGCCGCGCAGCCCGACUGCCCCCGCACGCCAGGCUCCUCCCUCCCUCUCCCUGUAGCCCCACGCCCCACACGCGCUCCGGGGAUGCCCUGGCAGCCCCAGCACCCCCGGGUCUCCCAGGCAGACACCCCCCCUGCCCCUGGCUCUGGGGGCUACGCCACCGCUGCUCCUUAGUUGCCACCGCCCCCCACUGCCACUUCAGAGGUGGCUCCCUCGGGGCCCUUAUUACCUUGCUGCCCAGAGCCCCACAACCCUUCUCAUUCAGUAACUAGACCCUGGCCUUCCCUGUGUUCGGGGAGCACGAAGCUGAAAGCAUAAUAGAGGCCGUUCCUAUGGGGCCUUGGCCCAGGCCUCCAACUCAGCAGCAACUGUAGCCGUGGCCCACAAGACCUGUAUAUUCGCUCAUGGUUUUUUAUGUCUAAAAUUCUGCUUACAACUUUUCAAUAAACAAGAUAAUCGGG